ACAAUUUUUUCCAGUUGACCACCAGAUGCCUUCAAUAUAUCUACAAAAUGGGGAAAGAUAAGUCUGCUCAGAGGACUAAAGGCAACAAAAAGCCUUCUAGUAGUGGAAGAACAGCAGAACUACUUGGUGGGGCAACAGGCUUUGUUGGAUUCAGUGCUUUGCAAGUUGGUUAUGUGCCUGCAGCCUCACAAGCAGCUCAAGCUGAUGAUAGUGCUAUUUCUGCUGAAUUUAGAGUUGCUCUACGUAAAAUGACCAAAAAGGAUUCUACAAAAAAAAAAUUAAGUUUCAAAGCUUUGACAACUGGGUUAUUGAAAGACAGAGUUUUAUCAAGUAGCAGAGAUGUUUCCUUUGUUAUUAAGGCAUUGUUUGAAUGUCUUGCUUUCAUCAGUAAGGAAGUGACGGACACUCAACUGUGGGAUUCUCUUAUGAAAUACCAGGUGGUUGAACUUUUGAAGUCAUCCUUCUCUGACACACCACAGUUAAAUACUUCCAGUCUUUACCGUGAAGUUGCAGGUCUCUUGCGUUUUUUCUCUUGGAAAUCUCAAACAGAGGAAAUGAAGUUUUUGAGUAUACUUUUUGAUCUUUUCUGGACAAAAUUAAUUCCUGAGUGUGAAAUCCUAAUUCAACAAGGAAAUAUAUCAGCAGUGUCAAAAAUGAUAACUUUCUUUACUGUUUUGAGGAAUCCAGAUUCCAAAUUCAGCCAGAGAAGGGAGGGAAUUAAAUUUUUCGAUGAAGUUGAAGUUAAAGAAAGCCCUGAUGAUCAUUCCAGAGAACAAGAUGAGAAAGAAAAAAUCUUCUUAGAAAAUACUGGAAUGAAGGUUUCACCAUUAACAUUUUCCUGUCAUAGUAUAUAUAUGCAGGAGAAAAGUGUGCCAAUCUAUAAUAUGUUUUCAGUUCUUCUCUGCUCUUUCCCCUCACCUAGUGUUUACACUGCUCUUGUGUAUGGUCUGAAAGCAGAGAAGCCUGUUAAUACAAGAGAAAUGCUUGAACAAGUGAUUCUGCCUAAGAUGGAAGGGGAAAAACCUUCAAUUUCUCAACCGACUGUAAAUAUAUUUAUGAGUUUAUAUGACUUAAUGGACCAAGAAGAACAGAAAAUGGUGUUAAUGAAUUUCAAGCCGUGCUUGUCUAUAAGUGUGUUGCGGCUGCUGAUUGAGAAGAUGACUGAUCGUCGGGAGAGAGAUGAAGUGGCUGCAGCUUGGUUAUUGUCAUCACAUUUGGGAUCCAGACUUGUUCAACUGGUAGACAGACUUUGUGGUCCUAUAAAGAUAUUAACAUCAACUCAACACUUGAUGCAGCAGGAUGACCUGAUUUCUCUAUUUAAUUUUGUACUUAGAAAUGGAAACAAGAAGGAACCGGUGAUUGCCAUGGAUUACAUAUCACAGAUUCUGACCAAACUCAGCAUCAACCUUAAAGUCAGUGCUCCAGGUGAAAAUGAACCAGAAGACAGAAUUGUGCAGUUGGUGACAAAUUUGGCAGGGCAGCUUUUCAGUAGCUAUGUAUGUUGGCAGACAAGAGGCAUCCAUGAAUUUAUGAAAUCAUUGUUUUUGUUACUUUGUCAGUCCUCAAAGUCUCUUUCAGAAGAGACAGUUGACCUUCUCAAGACAACUUUCUUGAAGGCUUUUAAAGGUUUAAUUGCAUCACUAGCAGCUGAUAAUCCAAAUAAGUUUAUGGAAGAGGGCAGCUGUCUUAAUUCAACUUUGAAAGAUAUUAAGAAAACUGUGCUUGAAAGCACAUGUACAUACCAUCUAGCAGUGACAAUGGCUGAUCUUGCACAUAAUCUUAUGGCAUUAGUAUUCAAUCAAGUAUCAAAGGAGGAAGAUUGUAGUAUCAUCCUAGAUCAUAGCAAAACACAAAGCAUGCUAGAUUUGCUUAUACCUUCUGAGGAGAAUGGUUCAGUUUAUGAAUCACAACUCUCACCUCUGUAUGUGGUUCCAAGCUUCAUAGAGGUAUCAGUAUCAUUCAGGGAAUUUAUUUUUCCAAAAAACAUACAUGAACAGCAAAAAUGGGAUCAUGCACAUACCCGUAUGUCCAUGUUUCUCUGCGAUUUGUUAUUAUUUAUGUGUGGGUCAGGAGAUACUGACUCAUUGAGUUUAAAAGAGGAGCAGGUGUCUCUUGGGAAGUACACUCAUCUCGUUGUCUCUGCACUUCACUCCACUUGCCAUGCAAAUGUCAUGCAAGAAUUAAAUGAUGCCCUCCUGAAUAUAAACACCAAACAAAUGAAAACCAGAUGUAAUGAUGGUAGCAGUUCCUGGUGUAUGACACUGACUAAAGUACUAAGCAACUGGAUGAAAUCUGAAGAUGUUAACAUAACCCGAUUAAUGGAAGGCUUAGAAGAAAAUGCACUUGGAUAUACUGCAACGAAGCAAUCUCUUCUUCCCUUGCUGCCUCAAGAAACUAUUAAUGACCUCUUGGCUGAAGAGAUGGGAAAAUUAUCCAGCUACUCUGAUGACCCAUUUUCUGCCACUCCAAGUGUAUCUGUCAUCACAACAGCCCUGAGUUAUGUACCCUCAACUUUCACAAAGGAUGUGGUCAACUCAGUCUUCUCAAUUUUGAUGCAGUGGAGAGAAAAAGCUGAUAACAUUUUCUUGUUUGCAGCAGAUGUUACUGGUAUGGCCUGGGAGGAUGUAGUACUCACUUGUUCAUUAGUACACCUAGUAACUGUGUUGAUUAAAAGACAUGCAGUAUACCUUGAGCCAUCUCACUGGGACUGUGCUUUAUGCUUGCUUUCUUCAUGGAUACAGAGCCUUGAAGAAUCUAGAAAGACUAUAAACAAAGAAACUGUGGCCGGAACCUUCACAUGUGCAGUAUGCAAAUGCCUUGGUUGUGUCAGUGAAUUCAUGGAGAAGUUGGCACUCAACCCAGCAGAAAAAGAGAAGUAUCCUCCCAAGCUUUUAGAGGACUGGAAAGAAUUUUUCUCUCCAUCAAUCUACAAUUCACUUAUCCCCAUAUAUGUAGAUGUUUCAGUAUCAUUCAACAGAAAUCCUUCCAUCAUUCUCUAUGGGGUGUGCCAAGCAGUUUCCAUCGGUGUGCAUCAUGCGAGCCCAGAUGACCUAGCCAAUCAUUCCCUUCCUCCUAUCUACAAUGCUAUGCUUGCAGAAGAAGAAUUAAAGCUGCCAGAUUCUGAGCAGAUCCUGCUGAAUCAUCUGUGCCCACUGCUUUUAUCAUCACAUCCCCCAGCACAGUGUGCUGCAUACAACCUGCUCAACACUUCUCUACCAAAAAUUAUGACAGAGUGGGAGAAGAAUCAGAUAGCAGUCAGAGAAGAAGAGGAUUCACCACAAAGACCACUACCAUACUCUAUAACAAGAAUUAUAGAAGAAAGUAGCAUAAGUGUUGAAGCCACUUUAGCUGAAAGAGAGAUGGGUGAUGGGCAUGAAAUAGUGCCUUACACCAAGAGUUUCAUCCACAUCACUGGUUACUUAAUGGCUUGGAGACUAGCCCUAGCAGCCAUCACUUACGCCUCAGAUGCUAACCAGCAUCAGUAUUCAGCUUAUCUUCGGCAAAGUAAUUUACUUCAAAGGCUUCUGCUCAGUCUCUUCAAGUUAAUGCCUCAGACUCCUGUGGUUAAUGAGGUCAAGCUAGAGCAAGGUGGAGAUGACAAAUUACCAUUAACCAUGUUCAACACUCCCCUUCAUAUCAGCCCUCUUGCAAAUACUACAUCUCAGUUGCUGGCUCAUCAAGCAUGUAAGGUAUAUUAUGAAUGUGUUAGUCGCAUCCCUGCUGCAGUCAGACAGUGGUUUAUCAGCCUGGAUCGACACUUUCAACCAGUAGUUGAUGGCUUUACCACCACCUAUGUUUCUCCACUUCUAAUUAAUCAAGAAAUGUCAGCAAUAAACAACUCUUCUACAAAGUUUGAUAAUAUGACGGUGAAAGCCCGGCCAGGAGCAAGAGAAGUGGUGGCCACAUAUACCAUAGAAGCCAGUAUGGAGCUGAUUUUCUUCGUGAUGGCUCCAAAUCACCACACUCUACAGUCCACUGUGGAUGAUCACAUCGAGAGUUGGGUUUCUGUUCCUCAGUGGCGAAAUUGGUUACUGGCCAUGAAUACUAUGCUUUCUCAUCGCAACACACCCUUAUUACAGUCAUUAGUAUUUUGGAAACAAAAUGUUGACCAGAAAUUUGAGGGUAUUGAGGAAUGCUUUAUUUGCUACUAUGUCUUACAUGGAACAAAUCAUCAGCUACCAAAACUUCUCUGCCGAACUUGCAAGAAGAAGUUCCACUCAGCAUGUCUGUAUAAAUGGUUUAGCAGCAGCAACAACUCAACCUGUCCUCUCUGCCGAAGUCUGUUUUAGAGCAGUUGCAACAGGAGUGUUUUAAAAAUUUAAGACUGCAAAUUUCUUCUUUCUGUCUUAGAAGAAUUACACAAGAUUCAGUAAUAACAGCCAGAAAUGUAAUAGUGAUUACUGAAAGUUAUAAUUGAAAUGCACACUUUCAAUCCGUUCCUACAUCUGUAAUAUAAAUUAUUAUGUAAAUAUAAAAGUUUAUUAAUUCGUCUUAAAUUUAUUUUGUAAAUUAUAUUGCGGAAUACAAAAAUUUUACAUUUUGAUAGCACUCAGCACUUUCGUAAAUGUCCAGAGAUAUAAAACUUUUUCUCGUCAUAAAAUUUUUAUACUGCAUUAUAUCCUACACCACAAAAAAAUGCAAAUAAGCAUUAAGCUAAAUGCAGUAUUAAUGGAUUUAGGCUGGCCUAUACACCUUGACCAAUUGUGCCUUGUAAAAUGUUUAUGGUAUGUUUUGUAAACCUGAAAUAGUAGAUUUAAAACAUUGCUUAUUUUAUCCUUAUAAUGAUAUGCAAUGUUUUGUAUGUACAUCACUCAGUUAAUAUCGUAUUAGCUUAGUAAUAUUGUUAAAUAUGUAUGGUAUGGAAAAUAUGUAUACAGUAUGUCAUAUUACAAAGUUAAAGGAAAUAUUCCUUUAGUAUUAUAUUUUGUCUUAACCUUAUUGUAUGCUAGUAAUGUAAUAUUAAAAAUUAUGCGCAUUAUGUAUUAAAAGAAUGUUUAUGUACAAAGCCAAGAA